GUUUCAUGUAUCUAGCAUUUGGAUGACGCAUUUGAACAAAAUCGUGCGUGUAAAAAAGUAAAGGUUUAGGUUUAUAUCAAUAAAGCACAUUUUGAGAGUCCAGAAUGCAAGAAUCAUUCUCAAUAACACGAGCACACAAUUAGUCAUGUCGUCCAAAAUAUUCUUUGCUUGCUCUUAUGACCCCUCCCACACACAAAACACACUCGUUCAUUCACUACCACUAGAGUUUUGCCGAAAUCCACGAUGCAAGCUUUUUUUCUACCUAAAACACAGAACUGUGCAUCUUCUUUUCCAUCUUUGUGAUGCGUUUAAAGUGGGGCCAACAACAGUCUCUAUUAAUGAUUCACAGAUUCAAAAAAGUUUUUACACACUGGAUCACGUGAGUGGGGCGCAUGGUAUCGGUGAAAUUUUAUGAUGAAGGGGUAGCGUGCGCGCCCCGGUCUGCUGAUCUGCUUUUUGCGGUAGCCUACUUCACGAAAGUGGGGUCGGGUCAUUGUGGACUUGCGAGAGAGAGAGAGAGAGAGAGUGAGAGAGAGAGAGCGAGAGAGAGAGAGAGAGAGAGAGAGAGAGAGAGAGAGAGAGAGAGAGAGAGAGAGAGAGAGAGAGAGGGAUGGGAGAGAGAAAAAAUAAAAAGAGCGAAAGACCUUAGGACGUUUUGCGGAUGGUGUUAUACAGCUGUCUGAACGGAUAUGUUUUUCCACGCACAAAAAGACAGAAAGCCCUGCGAACUAUGAGGAUGGAUUUUACUUUGAGAUCUCCAAAUAAUUGAAUGUGUCUCAUCACUAAGCAUAGGAGAAUCUGAGUUUUCCUUAAGGUUCAACCGUAGAGCCCAUUGGCGAAGGGGUGUCACGUGACUACGUAGAGCCAAUGUUCUUCUACAACGGUGUCAGGACCUUGUCAGACAGAGAAAUAAACAUUGGGAAACGGUGAGAUGCAAAAAGCGACCUACUGCGACGGCUCGGCAAUUUACAGUGGCUUCCCCUAUCAAAGCGCAAACGGUUUAGGUUAUGAUGCCAAUCAGCAGCAAUAUCUUCAGGGCCUUCAUGUGGAACGUGAGCACCAUCGAUCGGCAUGCUCCCUGCAGUCGCCUGGUGGCUCUGCAGCUCUGUACAAACCCAAUGAUAUCUCUGAGGACUGCCAACGGAGUAACGGGACUCAAGCCCCAGUACCAGACACCCCCGACAACAAUCAGCCCCCUACUGUCCCCUCUGGACCAGGUUCCCCUAGUGCCCUGAACCAUAUUCCGAGCAAUGAUGCCAUCGCCAAGAACCCAGGGCACGCCUCGCCAACGCCAGCCACUAGGAAACAAAUUUUCCCGUGGAUGAAGGAGUCCCGUCAGAACACAAAGCAGAAAUCCUACUGUACAAUUCCAGUGGAGGGCUAUCCUGGAGACAAGAGUCCUCCCGGUUCGGCUGCCUCCAAGCGCGCUCGUACAGCAUACACAUCUGCGCAACUCGUGGAACUGGAGAAAGAGUUCCACUUUAACCGUUACCUCUGCCGCCCUCGAAGAGUAGAAAUGGCAAAUUUGCUCAACCUGACGGAAAGGCAAAUUAAAAUAUGGUUUCAAAAUCGCAGGAUGAAGUACAAAAAGGACCAAAAGGGGCUUGGAAUGAUGCCCUCUCCUGAAACACAGUCUCCCCACAGUCCCGUUGCACUGUCAUCAGGUGGCGGAGCAGGGGGUGGGAGUGGAUAUUUAAGUUCAAUUCAUUCUCUGGUUAACAGCGUGCCCUACGACUCACCCCCUCCAACAUCUUACAACAAACCCCAGCCUAAUGCAUACAGCCUUCCUACGUCAUAUCCACCUCUGAGCAAUUGCCCGCCUCCUCAAAAGCGGUUUCUGGUUACUGGCACAACCACGCCGGAGUACGACACGCACAAUCUUCAAGGCAACAGUAAUUACGGGACCCAAGUGCAGGGUAGCCCAGUUUAUAUCAGUGGCAGUGGAAGCUACUCGGAUUCUUCAGUGGGCAUGGGAGGUUCGGUUUUUGGCCUGACACAUCUACCGCACCCCACUCAAGGCAAUAUAGAUUACAACGGCGCCAUCACCAUGGGAAACAGCCAUCAUCAAGGAGCGUGCGAACCAAAUCCGUGCACAUUCACAGAUCUUACAACGCACUAUUCUCAGGGAAGAAUUCAGGAAGCGCCCAAACUGACUCAUCUGUAAUGUGACUGCAAUGUAUUUUUCUCCCCGUUCACCGGCACACCUUCACAUUCCUCGCCUGACUACGUCCUCCUCCUCCGACAGCUCCGUCCAUUCGGUUCUUAGUUUUCCUGACGUAGCUCUGCGAAAUUAUUUUGUUGGUUUAAAAGUUUGCAUAUAUAUAAAGAGAACGUUAUACUUCCUCAAAACUCACGUCAUGUUAUCAUGACAAUAUGUAGCCUAUUUUAUUUCAUUUUUAAGAAAAUAUGAAACAGGGUAUAAGAAGACAGAACUAUGGUUUUAUGGUCCUAUUUUAAAUGUGAAUUUUAAAUGUUCAAAAUUGUCCUCUGUCCAAUAAUUUUUAAAUUAGCCUUAUUUCCUCCCUAUUUUUCUGUUUUGCAUUUUGCACUUGAGGAAGAAUGCAUAUGAGCACGACUUCUUUAUUCAACAGUCUUAUCUUACAGCGUGAACUCAUGUGUUUCAGGUCUUUCACGUGUAUUUAUUUUGUUGUCAUUGACAAUAGAUUUCUAGUGUUAUUUAGCCCAGUCCUUCAGUUGAUGGGUAGAAGGCAAAAUUGAGCCGGGAAUUCUCCCUGUAUUGUUUAUACUGAAACAUUAUAUGGUCCAGUGCUAACAGGCAAGACUGUUUAUUAAAGGUCAAUGUAUUCGAAUAUUAAUGUGUGCAAAUGUUAAUCAUUACUUUCUUUAAAGAGUCAGAAGAUACAAGGGUCAGAUGUUCAUAAUUUUUAUUUGUUCAAAUUUUUUUGUCAAUCCAUGUUGCUCCACAUUUGAAGAAAUAAAAGAAACUAACUGACAAUCUUAUGUAUUUGCCUUAGUAGCAAAGGGAUUACACAUGUAUAAGCAACUGGAAGAAAAUCAAAGUCAUCAACAGCUAAAAUGACAAUUUGCUUAGUGCAUACCUUUGUCUGCAUUGCGUUCUGUUCAAAUGAAGCAACAAUGUAAUCAGACUGAUAUUUCUAAUAUUUCAAGAUACUUGAAAGGAAUUUUGUAAAGAAAAGGCAGAAACAGGCUAAUGUGAUGUGGACCGUCACUCCUGCAGUCUUGCAUUUUGUGCAAAGUGUGAGCAAUCCAAUCCAUUCCUGGCGUGACAGCUUCUACAGCCUCCAGUAGCGCCUGUUGAAGAGAAACAUUUAAAAUUUAAAAACUUAUAUUAUAAUUUCCGGCCCCUUGAUAGGCAGACGACAGUACACUAGUGCUAGUUUGUCGACACUGCAUACAGACUAAUGACAUAUUAGUAAGGCCAACGACAAGAGUUACUGGAAGGACUCAUCAUUUGUGCAUGCAUUCAUUCAUUCGUAAAAGUAAUAGUAGAUGAUAAUCAGUUAUAUAGGCCUACGUGAGUCAACAUCUAAAAAGUGUACAUCUAAAAAUGCAUUUCACAAUAGGCCUACCAAUAACUAAUUCCAUUUAACAUUACAUUUUCAAUAAAGAGGUCUUCUUCAAUUUUACAAGCAACUAAGCACACAUCUAAUGAUAAUUUCUAGUGAUAACAUUUGGCAAAUAAUUGGCCUUUUCGGUGUGAUUUCACUAGCCUCUAUUUAGGUCAUCAAUUGGCUUGGCCAUGUAGGCUAUCAUAGUGCCAUAAAUUAUAAAUCAAUACUACAGGCUUAAACUUUUAUUAUUUCGUACUUUCGUGUAUUGUAGAAUUCCCUUUCACAUACGGCUUUUGACAUAUGGUUAGAUGGAAUAUUUUUCACGUCGUUUCCAGAAUAAAAUUUGACUGACUUCUUUAAUAAAUAAAUAAUUACUUACUCGUUGAUUUCAAAGUAACGCCCUUUUAAAUGGGAUGUCUGAUGUUAUGCAAUCUGAAAAUGUGUUUAUGAGAAAGAGAAUCAGGCAAACUUUUCAUAUGAAGCUUUUAUUGCCUUUCAUCCUGGCAGGAUUUGAUGUCGCGUGGAGUUAUAGUUGUGUUGUGAGGGCACGAGGCUGUCAGACCCUUUGGCAAGUAAGAUUGAUCGCGCGCAGGCUUCCAUGAUUCUUUGUUUAGUUGAAGCAAACGGCCCAAGUAGUACUCUUUUUCUUAAAACAAAUAAACAAACAAACAAACUGACAAAAUUUGGCUUCACCGAUUAGGCCUUCAGAGGUCCAUAUCUAAUAAUAAUAUGACAUGGCCUAUACGGAACGUCAAUUAUUAUAGCCUAUUUAAAAUAAGUUGCUGCAUGUGAUAUGAAGCUAUAUGAACCUUUUGGUAGUUUUUGUUUUUACUAUUUUUAUCAAUGUUAAAAACAUUACGGGUUAAUGUAAGAACGUUAAGAAGUAGGCCUACUUUUUACUAUAAAUAUUGAACUGAGAGCCAUGUAGGCCUAUCACCAUCGAAAUGUUAGCAGUUAGCUAAAGCACACAUUCAUUGCUUCAAGUGUAUACCCUUAACAAUCAAAUUUUGGGCUAUAUGCUUAUGAACUAUUAACGUAUAACGGCUGUUGUAUGCUAUGUCUCAAGAGUAUUUUAUAGGCCUACUUGAAUGAUAUCUAGCGUGUAUUGUCGGUGAUAAUUGGCGGCCUUCUACCGUAGGCUACAUUUUGUUGUGUGAGUAGGUCUAUUUCACAUGCACAUUGGAGGUAAUAUUUUUUUUUCUUCAUUUGAAACUACUACUACCAGGAUCCAAAGCAGAACUUGUGCGUCAAUAAAUUGGAUAAUAGAUUUGCGCGAAGGGGGAGGGGCAUAUGUGCUUCCAAAUCAUGUUUGUUCAAAAAGAACUGUUCUGAGCCUGACUACAAGCUGCGGGGAUAUUGUCUUCUUGACCGAAAACCACGAUGCCGAUGUACAUAACAACAGUGACCUCAACGAGAGAGACUUUGCUCGAAGAUGAGUUUCAGAUCUGUCUGUCGGAUCUUUUUGAAUAAACCCAAAAUUUGCAUUGGGCAGAGGUAAUUUGUCAUACCUGUGUCACAGGGUUUUCGUUCCAAUUUCAAACCAAGUCUCAUUUAAAUGCAUGUGUAAAUAAGCACGGUCACACGGGGACACAUGGUCAUAAUCAGAGUUAAUAAAAUCAUUUUUGUUUGUUUUUGUAUAUGACAAGCAUAUUUUAUUGAGAAAGCAGGAAGGACUUUCCCUUCCUACGCUCUUGGAUGAGACAUUUUAACAAUGAAUUACAAAUUUAAGUGUUAGACAGGUUUCAUAGUCGGUCUUCGCUCGUGGAAUGCCUCAGUUCUUCUCCUCCUUCCAUUUCAGAAAUCAUCAAUCAAAGGUUCAACUCUCACGAACACUCAGCCUCUCAUCCCACCUCCUUUCGAACACACCAUCCAAAGCCUGAGUCUUGGCAGUCAGAAACGCCAUAAAGGGCCCCGGCACAGCUUAGAUGGGGGCAAUCCACUGCCCGCCAACUCUUUGAAACCGGAAUACCGAUGGAUGCGCGAAAAGAACCAUCAAAAGUACCUGGCUUCCUAUACCAACAUGCUCAUCAACGGCAAUUAAAGAGAGGGUUGUUAUUUCUCCCCGAAAGGUACGUUUAACUACUUAUCUACACAGUACAGUUGCCACAGUAUCACUUUCCUGUCCAUGCUGUUCAUCUUAAAUAUCUAAACAGUCUACUACUAAAUUAUCUAUAUGAAUUUCACAUUGAUUCUCCUAUUCAAUUUGAAUUGAAUAAUGCCAAGGCCUUUCUGAUGUUUAACAAGUAAGAAAGAUUGAUAGAUUACUGGAGCGCACAGGCAGCUCAAGCAUACCUUCAUUAAAUCCUUUUCCAGAAUGCUUUUUAGGUAAUCAGCUUGCGUUAUUGUUGUUGUAUAUAUGGCGACGUUUGCAGUGUGAUAAGAGCCAAUAUUGGGCGUUGACUAUGUAACAUAACGUACUUGUGCUCUUGUGUGUCUGACUUAUUCUGUUCUUAGCUUCUCCAGAGCUUCCCGAGGGUGGUUUGGCUAGUGGAGGAGGAGGUUUGCGCCGCCUGAGAGCAGCAUACUUUUGGAGCUCGAGAAAGAGUUCCUUUAAAAAUUAGCUUUGCUGGCCACAGCGUGUGGAAUUAGCCGCGUUGCUCGAGCUAGAAUAUAACGCCAGGUCAAAGUGUGGUUCCAGAACCGACGUAUGAAAUAUAAACGGCAGACACAGACUAAAGUGAUCCAAGAGCAGCAAAGCAAUACAACCAACAGGGUCCCUGGCCUAGAGAGGACAGCUGUACACGGAGCGGCGAGGACACCUCCAUGUAUGACUUGAGUCAUGGCGGGGGCCUUGUAGCCUACAUGGAUAUUCAGAUUAUUUUUCAUAACGAACUGGCAACAGUCUUCGGGUAGCCCUGCAAUAACAACGACGUGUAAACCUUUUUAACUGUUUCAAUGCAGUUUUAGAAACAGAAGUCUGAAAGAUAUUCCGAGUCAAUUGCCUACUGAUCUGGGCAAAGGGACAUCAAUGUACCAUCAUUGUGCCACUCCGAACAAGUUAUGGACACGUUGUUGCAGGACUUCGAUAUUUCGUCGACCGACUCAUGUAUUAUCUGUCUGAUAUGCCAACACUGUACAAGUGUCUCAUAUCAGUGGACUUCUAUUUCUUUACGGAAUAUUUGACAAUAAUUUCCUUCAUAGCUAAUCAAUAGUUAUGACAGCAUCAUAAUUUUGAUCAAUGAAUUCUAGGAUAAAUAAGGAGUUUCUGUUGCAAUGUUGAUUCAUUUAUUUUUAUUUAUUUAUUUUCUUUUUUGCAAAUUUGAAAAGAUAAGCGACGUAAACUGACACAUUUAUUAUAAAUGAUCGAAGGUAAGCUAUGCCGUAAAUCAUGUGCGAUGCUUAAAUAUACAUGCAUAGACAUAUUUUAUAAAGGAUUAGCAUUUUUUAUACCUUUUUUGUCUCGCUUAUUAUGUUGGUUGUUUUUGUAAGAAUAAAUACACAUUUUAGAACUA